AUGGUUGGUGGGAUCGCGCGUGGUCGUCUGUCUGAGGAGAGGAAAGCAUGGCGUAAGAAUCACCACAAGGGUUUUGUGGCAAAGCCGGGAACUGGUCCCGAUGGGUCUGUCAAUUUGAUGGUCUGGCAUUGUAUUGUCCCUGGUAAACCUGGGAUAAUACAUGAUUGGAAGGGGGAUCACUAUCCACUGACAAUGCACUUCAGUGAAGACUAUCCUAGUCAAUCCCCAAAGUGCAAGUUUCCUGAUUUGUAUUUACAGUUCUAAAUUGUUGCAAAUACCUUUUCUUAGGGGUGGAGUCCGGCGAUUACAGUUAAACAAAUUUUGCUGGGCAUCCAAGAAUUACUCGACGAGCCAAAUCCAAGUUCUUCAGCACAAUUUGAGUGUAAUAAGCUGUUUUUGCAGGGUAAACCUGAGUACAAGAGACGAGUGAAGGAGCAGGCUAAGCAAUAUCCAGCUCUACUGUAAUAUUAAU